AGAAAGAGAAACUGAAGUGUAGUUGAGCUGUUGUGUGUUUCUGUCUCUGUCUUCAUGCAGUAAAAUGGCAGAAGCCAGAUUUUCUCAGGAUGAGUUCAUGUGUCCAGUGUGUCUGGAUCUCCUGAAGGAUCCAGUGACCAUCCACUGUGGACACAGUUACUGUAAGAUCUGUAUUACAGGCUUCUGGGAUCAGGAGGAUGAGAAGAGAGUCUACAGCUGCCCUCAGUGCAGACAGACCUUCAGUCCAAGACCUGCUUUAGGUAAAAACACCAUUCUGGCUGAAAUGGUGGAGAAACUGAAGAAGACUACACUUCCUGCUGACUGUUACGCUGGAGCUGGAGAUGUGCAGUGUGACGUCUGUACUGGAAGAAAACACAAAGCCGUCAAGUCCUGUCUGGUGUGUCUGAACUCCUACUGUCAGAAUCACCUUGAGCAACAUGAGAGUUUGUUUAAAGGAAAGAGACACAAUCUGAUUGAAGCCACUGGACGACUGCAGGAGAUGAUCUGCCCGAAACACGACAAGAUCCUUGAGAUUUUCUGCUGCACUGAUCAGGAGUGUAUAUGUGUGCUGUGUUUGAUGUAUGAACAUAAAAACCACGACACUGUAUCAGCUGCAGCACAGAGGAUAGAGAAACAGCACCAGCUGAAGGAGACACAGAGGUCGUUCCAGCAGAGGAUCCAGCAAAGAGAGAAAGAUCUUCAGCAGCUGAGAGAGGCUGUGGAGUCUCAUAAGCGCUCUGCACAGACAGCAGUGGAGGACAGUGAGAGGAUCUUCACUGAGCUCAUCCGCUCCAUUGAGAGAAGCCGCUCUGAGGCCACACAGCGGAUCAGAGAUCAGGAAAAGACUGCAGUGAGUCGAGCUGAAGGACGACUGGAGCGACUGGAGCAGGAGAUCAAUGAUCUGAGGAGGAGAGACGCUGAGCUGGAGCAGCUUUCACACACACAGGAUCACAUCCAUUUCCUGCAGAGUUUCCAGUCUCUCUCAGCUCCUCCUGAAUCUACAGACGUAAAUGACGAUCCCUUCAGUUCUCUCUCCUCUUUUGAUGUUGUGAGAGAAUCUGUCCUUCAGCUGAGAGACAAACUGGAGGAUUUCUGCAAAGAGGAGCUGAAGAAGAUCUCUGACAGAGUCACUUUCACCAACAUUGUUCACUGGACCAGGAACGACUUCCUACAAUAUUCCCAUCCGAUCUCUCUGGAUCUGAACACAGUGCAUAAACACCUCCGUCUGUCUGAUGGGAACAGAGUGAUUACAUUUACUAACACAAAGCAGCCGUAUCCUGAUCAUCCAGACAGAUUUGAUGUGUAUCAGGUGUUGUGUAGAGAGAGCGUGUGUGGACGCUGUUACUGGGAGAUUGAGUGGAGUGGGAAUAAUGUGUUUAUAUCAGUGUCAUAUAAGAGCAUCAGCAGGAAGGGAGGGGGUAAUGAGUGUUGGUUUGGACAUAAUGAUCAGUCCUGGAGUUUGAUCUGCUCUUCCUCCAGUUACUCAUUCAGACACAAUAACAUAGUGACUGAACUCCCUGUAGAGUCCAUCAGCAGUAUAAUAGGAGUGUGUGUGGAUCACAGUGCAGGAACUCUGUCCUUCUACAGCGUCUCUGGAGACACAAUGAGCCUCAUCCACACAGUCCAGACAACAUUCACUCAGCCGCUCUAUCCUGCGUUUACUGUUUGUUGUAAUUCAUCAGUUAAACUGUUUAUGAAUCAGAAUAGACUUUAGAGAGAUUCUACCCAUAAUGCUUUGAGCUGCGUGAUAAAUCAGUAACAGUGAGAUGUUUUAGAGUCUUUUAUUUUCUCUUCAUUACAUUAAUACUACAGCUGAAAUUCUGUAAAGCUCUAUUUGUGUUGAUGGAAAUCACAAGCUAUGUUUCCAUCACCCUGUUUUUAUGCGCAUUUUGAAGUAUUGCAUCAGAAACGAGUGAUGGAAACGAACAAACGUUUUUACGCUCGCUUGAGGUGGUUUUUAACUUGAAUAAUGGGAGAUGGAAACACAUUUGCAGAAUAAAUUCUGACGUAGCGAACACUAAACCCACGUGACUAAUCCUGUUUCUGUUGAUGGUGUUGUAACAAACAUGUUAUACAUUUAUGUUUGAUUCUGUUAUGACGCAUUAAUUCUGAAUGUAGUGGAACUCGUUGUAUAUGUGUGCAUUCAAUGCAUUUUCCCUUUGGUGCUUGCCAUAGAAAGACAAGAGUCAUGUGCACUUUUGUACUGGAAUGUUGCGGGUUUUUCAGGGUUGUUCUCUUACGUGUGUGCUGCUUAAUAAAGUCGAGAAGAGUU